AUGAUGCUUAGUUACGCCUGUCUUAACUUCAACGGCAACGUCUUCAUCAUCGCCCUCGGCUUCAUCAUCGCCCUCAUCCUCAUCAACCGCGAAACUGGUGGUGUAGUCGGCGGCGUUGUUGGCGCAGCUGCUAUAAUUGCUGUCCUCUUUUUGCUCAUUCGCCGUCGGAAGCAACAAUCACGCCAGUCACAAGAGCAAAUGCGGAAUCAGGAGUACGGCCAAUCGCGAUCGCAUGUGGUAUAUUCAGAACUUGGAGAGAGGUUGAAGCCGAAAGAGCUAGAUGGACAAGCAAGGUCAGAGAUCGGAUCGGGUGGUGUGUCAUUCAAAGAACCACAAGAGUUGCCGGUAGGCCACUGA